CCGUAAUUUAGCGUCAGAACGUUCUGGUCGGUUUUGGGAUUUUUAUUUUUCCGUGAUCCAGUCCUUUUGUACGGAGAUGCCGCCGCAGGAAAAAUUCGGCACACCCGUUCAUCUGGACAAGGCUUGCGAUGAUAAAGCGACAGCCUGUCAGAGUUCUUUGGGAUCGGAGGUGCCACGAUCGAACGGGAGCAACAAAGAAAUGGAUGACACGCGGGACAUGGACUUCGACGAGUUGCUGCCCUACGUCGGUGAAUUCGGUGUAUAUCAGAGGAUCCUGUUUGUUCUGAUGAUACCGUUCGCCUCUUUCGUCGCCUGGGUGUACUUCUCGCAGAUCUUCAUCACCCUGAUACCGGACGAGCAUUGGUGCUGGGUGCCGGAACUCGAGGGUCUCGCCGUCGAGCAAAGGUACUCGCUGGCGAUACCGAUCGACCGUGAAGGUUACUCGAGAUGCAGCAUGUACGAUGUAAAUUACACCGAGGUGCUGUCGAACGGAGUCCUGUUUCCGGACCCUACGUGGCCAACGAAAGCCUGCCAGUACGGCUGGGAGUUUAAUUACACCACCAUCCCUUACGCGACCGUGGCGACCGAGUUAGGAUGGGUGUGCGAGUACAGUGCCCUCCCAACCGCGGCGCAGAGUAUUUUCUUCAUCGGCGCCAUCUUUGGAGGUCUGAUCUUCGGUUGGAUAGCCGAUCAGUACGGCAGGAUACCGGCUCUGAUAGGAUCGAAUCUGAUGGGAUUUUUAGCAGGUGUCGCGACCGCGUUCUCGCAGUCCUUCUGGCAGUUCACGUUGUGUCGCUUCUUUGUCGGGUUCGCCUUUGAUAAUUGCUUCACCAUGAUGUACAUACUAGUGCUGGAAUACGUGGGACCAAAAUGGCGUACGUUCGUGGCGAACAUGUCGAUAGCGAUGUUCUUCACGUUCGCCGCCUGUAUUUUACCAUGGAUCGCGUACUGGUUGGCCGACUGGCGGAUGACCUGUAUCGCGACGUCGGUUCCUCUCGUUUUGGCGGUGGUCACGCCAUGGGUGAUACCGGAGAGCGCCCGAUGGCUCGUCAGCCAGAACGAAGUGGACAGAGCCAUCAAAAUCCUGGGGAAAUUCGAGCGAAUAAACGGCACGAAAGUGCCCGAAGACGUCUAUAAGCGAUUUCGGGAAACAUGUGCGAAAAUAUGCAAAGAGGAGGAAGCGGACAGAACGUACUCUGUACUCGAUUUGUUUAGGACACCACGGCUAAGAAACAUCACGGUAUUAUUUAUCAUUAUAUGGAUGGUGAUAUCUCUGGUGUUCGAUGGUCACGUGCGAAACGUCGAUAACUUGGGCUUGGACGUCUUCGUGACGUUCACGAUCGCGGCGGCGACCGAGUUUCCCGCCGACACGCUCCUUACGGUGGUCCUUGACAGAUGGGGCAGAAGAUGGCUGGCCUGCGGCUCGUUGGUCAUUUCCGGAAUCUUCAGUAUCUGGGCCUGUGCUGUCUCGAACAACAUUUACUCGGCGACGCUGGCCAUUUUCGGUCGUUUCUGGAUAAACAUCUCGUACAAUAUUGGUCUUCAGUACGCGGCGGAAGUGCUCCCGACGGUCGUCAGGGCGCAGGGCGUAGCGUUGAUACACAUAAUGGGAUACGUCGCGAGCAUUUUGGCCCCAUUCGUCGUGUACCUCGCUAUCGUCUCGCCGGUGCUGCCUCUGUUGGUGUUAGGUGUAAUCGGGAUCGCUGGCGGUCUCGUAACGCUGUUUCUGCCGGAAACGCUGGAUAAAGAUCUUCCGCAGACAUUGCAGGACGGCGAGAACUUCGGGAAAGAUCAGAAAAUGUGGGAUUUCCCUUGCAUCGGAAGGAAACCCGAGGACGUGGAAAAACCACCGACCUUCAAAACCUUCUCCCGAGGCAGCGUGAGGAACACGAUGAGAGCUUCGAUUCGCGGCGAGACGUUAAGGAGCAGCAUGAUACGAAGAUCGAGCGUGAGGUCGAGGAUCGAGACUGGCGGCAACACGACCACGGAGGUGGAGAGAUUGUAGCGAAGGCGUUCGCGAUGAAAAUCUCAAUCGCUUUGAUCUCGAUCGAUAAGAUCCUCUACCCCAU